UUAUUGUAAGUUUACAGCCCAAUAUAUAAGCAAUGGUGUCUAGGGUUUCCACUUGAGCGCCUCUCGUCUCUCGUUUUGCUACCUGCUAUCAGUCGCCCAAAUCUCGACCAUGGCGGAACAGACGGAGAAAGCUUUCUUGAAGCAACCGAAGGUUUUCCUAAGCUCCAAGAAAUCUGGGAAAGGAAAGAGGCCUGGUAAAGGUGGAAACCGUUUCUGGAAAAGCAUUGGAUUGGGCUUUAAGACACCCAGAGAGGCGGUUGAAGGAACAUAUAUUGAUAAGAAAUGCCCAUUCACUGGUACUGUUUCUAUCAGAGGACGCAUUUUGGCUGGUACUUGCCACAGUGCUAAGAUGACAAGGACCAUUAUUGUACGGAGGAAUUACCUUCACUUCAUCAAGAAAUACCAGAGGUAUGAGAAACGUCACUCGAAUAUCCCAGCACACAUAUCCCCUUGCUUCCGUGUGAAAGAAGGAGACCAUGUUAUCAUUGGUCAAUGCAGGCCAUUGUCAAAGACAGUGAGGUUCAAUGUGCUGAAGGUCAUUCCAGCAGGCUCUUCUGGUGGUGCAAAGAAGGCUUUCACAGCCAUAUGAGGCUUGAGUUAUUAUAGUUGUGGACGAGUUAUUCAUAAGCUCAUCCAAGAUGAUAAUGGCUUUGCCAUGGUCAUUUUGAUGUUGUCUCUGUAUGAACUCAGUCCUAACAUCCUAGAUUUUGUAUUAGUUCUUUGUACUGUUGGAGGUUUAGACUGGAGAAUUCGAAAUAUAUGUUGACACAGUUUGGAGGAUAUUUAGUAUUUUUUGUUUACGUUUGGGUUCU